ACUGGGUCUUGAGCGACCGGCUCUCAUAUACUAGUACCCCCUGGCCCUCGCAUUGUAUCUUACGUCCUUCACGUUUAGCCUUCCUGGGCUAAAUGGAACCGUUAGUGCACAUGCUACCCUACCACUUACAACCACGGCAGCCUUCUCAAUCAACGCUACAUACAUCAUCGUGCAAUCAACCUCACCAUGGACUGCGUCUUCCGUCUCUCGCGGUUGCGGCCAUACUUGCUCGUCGACGAGCGGCAUCGCAAUGUGUAUUCCCCUUUCAACCAAUGGCACACACACAACCUGCACCGAUUCUUCCCUUACUUCUGUAUCGAACUCAACAGCAACAUCGGCAUCCAGUAACACCACUUCCAGCACAAGCAACUCGACCAGUGCCAGCACCACCCCGUCUAAAAGAACGUCAGGAACGUCGGGAACGUCGAGCUCGAUAGCCGCUGUGAGCGCUAGCCGCGCAUCUGCUUCAUUCCCUUCCACUAGCACUUCGAAAGCAACAUCUACCGUCGCAUAUCAGAGCGAUAUAUCCACUCAUCACUCUCACUCGGAUGCCAUAGCCGGAGGCGUCAUCGGCGGGCUCGUAGGCCUCCUCGCCCUCCUUGGCCUGCUCCUGUGGUACCGCCGCUGGAGACGGAGACCCAAGGUAGCCCCGUCGGCCGAAUUCAUGGCCAUGGCUGCGGCCAUGCGCGAGGACCGAACGCCCACGCCUGACAGCACGCUCGCGCGGGACUCGAUGGAGCCUGCUGAGCUGCUCCCGCGGACGGGGCCUGGCUCGUACAACACGGAUCCGCUCCUCGAGAAGCUGCGGGAGGCAGUCGCGCAGAUCCCGCAUAUCAGGGGGCCUAAUGGGGACAGCGGUGGAUCUAUGAACGAGAAGGCGGAUGAUGUGUUCAUGGCCAUAUGAGCUUGAGGACGGCGAGCUUGGUGAUCAGGCUUCUUGGACAUUCGCUUCUUGGACAUUCGCCAAAGGGGAGUGUAGCGUUAGGACGAUGGUCUCCCCUCCGAAUGAUUGAUGGAGGUAACCAGUGAUUUCAGACAGGGUUCAGAGCCGU